UAUAAAAUCCUACGUGGAGGUCCGUGGGGUCCCGGGACCCCGUGGGACUCAACGUGGGUCCGCCUCUGUUUCCUACUUCACGCUCUUGAUGCCAUGGCAGUGACCCAAAAGCUAGACCAAGAAUCUCUUGACACCAGCCCCCCAUUUCGGGCCUCAGAUCGUGAAGCCAUCGAACAUUAUCUGGACGACAAUGUCGAGCUCCUCGAUGCCUGCAACGCUUUGGGGGGCAAAUUGGAAAUUUUCUCCAACUACAUUGAGUCUAUUCGCUUUGCUCUUUGCCUUCUCAAAGGACGACCCGGAUUCACCCCCAGCCCAAUAACAGUUUCUCGGGCAGAUCAACGGUUGGCAUCAUGCGAAUCCAUAUUGGGAACGGGACCUACAAAAUCGGUAAAGAAAGUGAGGAAGAAGAUCGCCCGACGUUACGCGAAAUCAAGUUCUUCUGGUGGCAGGGCCCAAGUGAUUCUACGCGAAUCGCUGAUCGUCACUUCCUCGUUAUUCGAAGUUGUUGACUCCACAUUGUCAUUGUCCAAAUCGAAAUGCAGGGGUGUCAAAGUAUCCCACGUCGAGAAGAAAGGGGUAGUUUGGGAAUUGCAGAAGACAGUAUGGCUGGCUCAAGAGCUACGUCAAGAUUUGAUAUCUCAAGGGUGCGGAAUAAGUAAUCCUCAGCAGGUUAGGGUUAUUGUUGAGGAAUUGCAAAGGAGCAGUGAUGAAUUGUACAAAGGGAUUCAACUUCUUGAGGGUAAAGUGAGAGAGGUUUAUGGCAAUUUGAUGACUUUGAGAAUGGGCUUGUUGGGGAAACUCUCUUCCCUAGCCUAGCCUAAUUAGCGUGUACUAGUGCAUCACUCGUGCGAUGCACGGAGAGAUAAAGUUUAUCACAAACUUCUUUAGAUAUGAGAAUUGUUGAUACUGAAUAUUAUUUAAUAAAUAAGGAGAUAUGUCCAUCUACCUACAUAUCAUAUUAAAAAUUUAAUUUUAAAUAAAACCACUAACAUUCAAACCAUACUAUUCCAUACAUAUAUACUAUUCAAAUGAAUUAAAAUAAACAACUUAUGUUUAA